AUGAUAGAAAAUUACGCAUUACAUAAUAAUAUGUCAAUGAUCAAAAAUUGCAAAACAACUAAAAGGAUCAUUGAUAAUCAUCAUAUUUUAAUCAUUUCACCUUACUUAAUUAAAUUCAUUCCUACAAUUUCCGAAGAAAAACCCAAAAUAGCAACAUCCGCAAAAAUAAAAUAUUAUGGGUUUGAUUUAGAUUCAACAUUAAUUCAACCCAAGUCCAAAUCCAGAUUUGGUCGACAUCCCACGGACUGGGAAUUUUUAAAAAGAGACUUUGCCAUUACAAAUGAUACUAUUUCUGAGGCUGAAAAAUAUAAAAUAUCGGCCAAGAAAAUAACAACUUUGGAUAAAUUACUGGAACUUAAUAAAGUUAAUGAUGGAAACAUUGCGAUUGUAAUUUUUUCAAACCAGGGCGGUGUAGUCGCAGAACCACAGAACUCUAAAAGUUGCAUUAAUUUAAUAAAUAAAUUAACCAAUGUAUUAAAAGUUAUAAAUGAUGCAGAUGCCAAUUUGGUCAGUAAAAUUUGGAUAUAUUGUGCACCAAAAAUGCCCGCAUCCUUUAAAAACAAAAAAAAUAUUGGAAAUGGUAAUUGUGACUCUGGGAACAAAAUACUAAAAAAAAGCAACGUCAAUAGCAAAAAUAAUAACCAAAAAGACUCAGCUACUGAAUUAUUCUUUGCUUCAAUGAGGAAGCCCAACAUUGGUAUGUUUGAGUCAUUUUGUAACGAUGUCCUAGCAAGAGAAAAAGAUCUGAACAAAUCUGAAAUGUCUUUAGAAUAUUAUUGUGGUGAUGCUGCUGGGAGAGAUUGUGAUUUUUCAGAUUCAGACAAGAAAUUUUCAGAAUCUUUAAAUGUUAAAUUUAUUUUACCAGAGGAAUUUUUAAAAUAA